CUCUGCAUGUAACAAGUCUUUUUUAAUCAUCAUUACCUUGGAUGAUAAAUCUAAUUGCUAUUAAAAAUUAUUACAAUAAAAAGUCGUCUACGAUAUUAUUCUUUAUCUUAGAUACUUAGGUCUCAAGGUGACCACGCUAUACCCAUCAGUGGAGUUUGCACCGCAGAUCAAAUAUAUUAUGUCGUAUUAGCAGGCAACCGUAACAAUAUAAAUCCAAAUAAAUCCUUUUAAUAUAUUAUAGAUACAUUUUUCAGUUAAAAACUCGCGAGUGUAUGUGCCAUAAUAAAUUAGUGUGAAUAGUGGUAAUAUAUUAAUCAUCACCAUGUCGGAAAUAAGGCAAAGAAAGUUAAAAGAUGAAACACCAUCUCCACAUAUCAACGUAAGGAGCCGUUCUGUGCCACAGCCACGCCGGUUUAAGAAAAUAUUUAUUGUGUUGCUUGUUUUAGUGUUAUGUGUCACAUAUUUUUUGGGUCUUUUCGCGGGCCAGACACAGUGGUUCGAUGGGAUCGCGAAGAGUUUGGGAUAUGAGAGCGUCUACCACCACGCCGUCAUCAUUGACGCUGGCUCCUCCGGUACGAGGGUCCUAGCUUACAAAUUCAGAGUACCCUUCACAGUUUUCGGCCAAAUCAACUUGGAUCUCGUGGACGAGUAUUUCGAGGAGACUAAACCGGGGCUCUCGUCGUAUGUCGACGAACCGGAAAAGGGUGCUGAGACAAUAGUCCAUCUUGUGAAACGAGCCGGUCAUUUGAUACCAGCGGACCGUCGCUCACAAACACCUCUAAUAGUCCGAGCUACAGCGGGCCUGAGACUGUUGCCGCGGGAUAAAGCUCAAAGACUCAUCGACGAGGUCGCCAAGGCUAUAUCUGGCUCGGGUUACGAUGUCGGUCCGAACAGCGUUGAGAUCAUGGAUGGUUCAGACGAGGGUAUCUUCAUUUGGUAUUCGGUUAAUUUAUUGCACGAUUUGAUGGGUGGCGAGACUAUGGCGGCGUUGGAUCUCGGCGGCGGCUCCACACAGAUCACAUACCAGUUAAACGAGAAAGACACCAAGUUGUAUCCCUCAAACGACCAAUAUUUGGUACCGGCCGGCAAGAACAACAUUUCAUUAUAUACGCACAGCUACCUGAAGCUGGGUCUAUUAGCUGCCAGAUACGGUGUCUUCAGAAUGGAGGCGAACAACGACACGAACCACUUCACGUCGGUGUGUGUCGACCCUAUAGUCCAGAAGGAGAAGUGGACAUACGCUAACAAACAAUACUCUAUCGACGGCGCGUCACGUCCGUCCAACAUGAAGCGGGAGGGUGUAUACAGCCGAUGUCAGUCGCUGGUGUCUCGGUACACUCGGGCGACUAUCGACUGGGAGCCCUCUCAGCCGCCGCGGGGAGCCGUCGCUGCUAUGAGCUACUUCUAUGAUGUGGCCGCUGAUGCUGGGAUUAUAGAUGUGAUGCGCGGUGGCACGGUAUCUGUGUCUCAGUACAGGGCGAGUGCUCUCCGCGCGUGCUCAGCAUCUAACGUGGACCAGCCGUGGGCGUGCAUCGACCUGGUGUACGUAGUGACGCUGCUCCAGGAGGUGUACAAGAUAAAGGACACCGAGCCAAUAUCGUUGUUUAAGAAAGUGAACGGUCACGAGGUAUCCUGGGCUUUGGGACUCGCAUAUACAACUGUAAUGAACAGGCUGGCCCGAGCAUAAGCUUAUAUACAUAUAUAUAUAUAUGUAUGUAUAUAUAUAAAAUAGUUAUUAAGAUUUUCUGCCUGUUUUAUAUACAAGUUACAAAUUAUUAUGAUUUAUGAUGUGUUUCGAAGGACAGAUAUAUUUUUUUGUUUGCAAAAAUUUUAAAUAUUACACAUAUAUAUAUAUACAUAUAUAUUAUUUGUGACUGUGAAAAUUAUUAUAUAAUAUUAUUGGUACAUCAAAUAUAAUUAUACUGUGGUUGUAUAGAAUUUCAGCGCAGUGCGAAAUACAAGUGAUCCCGGGUCGGUUUAAUGAUACUAUUUUUAAAUAGCAAUUAAUUAAUAUGACAUUAUCAAGACAUUUUACAUUCCGUUUAGUAUAUGUAUGUGUAUAGUAAAAUUAUUACCACCAGAAAAGUGCCGCAAAAGAGCGAGAUGUGUUUUAAAAUAUAUAAUUAUUGUAUAUUUUUUUUCCUAUACGAAUUAAUUAAUUUUAAUCAUGAUAUCUGACCUACCAUACUGUAUCGUUGCGCUGAAACAGAUUGUUGUGUAGUGGUGAAUUUAAAAAAAAAUAUUUUUGUCUGCGUAAGUUUAUAUAUCUAUACUAAGUAAUGUGUAAUUUUUUUGGGGUUAUAUAUAUAUGUUGAAAGGUCCUAAUAUGAUGUCUCAAUGUCCGUUUCAUUUGUAUGAAGUCGGUUUAAUUAAAUCAUUUAUUGAACAAUCUUGACACCAAUGAUAUGACAAUAACAAACAAGAUGCACCUUGCAUUAUUAUAAUUGUAUCUUUUCAAAUUAUAUCUCGGGUUAUAUGUAAAUGUUUUAUCAGAUGUAUUAUUUUGAAACUCUUCCUAUAUAUAUAUAUCUUGAUAUAUCUUUAUAUGUCUUUACAUAUCUUUUACAUGUAAUUUCAAUGAGCCGUUUGAUUUUUUUUUUCUUCUCACAUCGACUGUGGUUGUUCAAUAAUAUAAAUAUCUAUAUAUAUAGAGGUAAAUCUACAGAAUAAAUGUAUACAUAUAUAUACAUCUAUAUAUAUGUAAUUUUCUUUUAUAUUGUGUAUACUGUUAUGAUUAAUGAUAUGUGUCACUGACAUAUGUCCGAAUGAAAUUCUAAAAUAUAUAACUAGUUUGAUGUAUUCCGUGUUUAAUGUUUACAUAAACUUUGAAUAUGAUUGUAUUUUGUAAUGUUUAUGGAUAACAUAUAUUAUUUUUUACAUACAACACGUACGAGGGUAUCCAGUAUUAUUUACACCGCACAUGUUUUGUAUGGUGAUAUUUUUAUGAAUCUAUACCGACUCAACUUUGGACGUUCAUGUUUUGCAUAGGCUUUCUUCGCACUGUAUGUAUAAAUUAUAGUUAAGAUACAUUAUUAUAUAUAAAUUAUUAAAUGUUGAGUACAUUU